UUAACGGCGUCGUAUACGGGUAGUAAAGUUCAUUUAAAUAACGAUAAGAUUCCUUCAUUCUCCUUUCGAAAUUGGGAGCUCCUCCUCAAUCAUCAUUGAACAUAGGUUUCCGAUUAUUGUCGAACAACUGAUAUAAUCAUCACACAAAGCUUCUUUGUGAUAAACAGUCAACAUGCCGGCCACAGCAGGUAGGGUUCGCAUGCCUGCGAACAACAGGGUUCACAGUAGUGCAGCCCUACAGACGCACGGCAUCUGGCAGAGUGCUAUUGGUUAUGAUCCAUAUGCUCCUAGCAAGGAGGACGACAAGAAAUCUACCCAGAAGGCGUCAGCUGCUGAUUCUGAAAAUGCUUAUGCGAGCUUUCAGGGUUUGCUUGCACUUGCCCGUAUCACGGGAUCCAACGCUGAUGAAACUCGUGGGGCGUGCAAGAGGUGUGGGCGGGUAGGCCACCUCACUUUCCAGUGUAGGAAUUUCGUGAGUGUUAAGGAUGAUAACAAGGAUAGGGAUCCGGAGGCGAUUGAGGCUGCCGUGUUGUCUGGAUUGGAGAAGAUCAAGGGAUCUAAGAUGAAGGGAAAAGCAGAAAAUGAGGAGAGCAGUGAAGAAGAAGAGGAGAGUGAGAGUUCUGAUUCGGAUUAUGAUUCUGAAAUGGAGAGGGCAAUUGCUGAGAAGUAUGGGAAGAAGGUGAGUAGGAAGUUGAAGUCAUCUAGGAAGCACAAGAAGAAGGAUUCAGAUGAUGAGGAGGAGGAGGAGUCAGACUCUGGAAAAAGGAAGAAGAGGGGCAGAUCAAAGAGGAGGAGGAGUGGGAAGAAGAAGGGACACAGUGAUUCGGAGGACGAUGAUGAAGAUAAGGAUCGCAGGAAGAGGAGAAAGGAAAAGAGGAGGAAACGGGAUGACUCAUCAGACGAGGAUGAAGAUCGUAGGAGGAGGAGAAAAAGUAGGAAGGAGAAAAGGAGGAGGAGAAGUCAUAGACAUGCUGACAGUUCUGAUGAAUCAAGUGAUGAUUCUCCUCCACGGCACAAGCGUAGGAGCAGGAGGACAGCCUCAGCAUCUGAUUCUGAUGCCAGCAACUCCGAUGAUUCACGAGUUGGCAGGGACAAAAAACGUUCUGAGAAGAGGAGCAGGAAGCGUCAUGAUGAUGAAGAGUAGUAAUGGACUCGUGAAAGGAGAUAUACCAUCUACUAUUUGAAUUGCAGGUCCAUUCCUUUCUAUGGAACUGCUUAUCCAGGCACUUGGUGUGUAUCUGUCUAUGUUUACUUUUAUCUUUUUGCCUCAACAAAUACUCGUGUGCUUGUUAGUCUCCCUUCAUGGUCUUGAGUAUUGUUUAACUGACGUUGCAGUAUUGUGUCAGUUAUUACAGAAUAUGGGCAUCCUUGUUGAACCUCAUGUUAACCUUUUGAAGGUUUUGCGGAGUUGUUAAUUACAACCCGUGACUUAUGCAACUUCGUAAGGUGUUUGUUGAAGUGAUAUAUCAGUCUGUAUUUAGAGUAUUGAUAACUGUAUGUGUUUAAAUUUUUCCAGAAAAACGUUACCAUAGCCUUAUAACAUUUGAUUGUGCAACACCUUUUUUGUGUUGUUUCUCAAUUCGAAAAUUUGUACUUG